AUGAAUGUAGGUGUGGAUAGGGAAAUGAAGAGCGUUGUGAAUGGUACAGAGAAGUUGGAAGCGGUGAGGAAUGAAUACAGGUUUGACCUGCGCAUUCUUGCUCGCGGCUGGCAUUUUGCCUGUGUUACUAGUCCUUUUGGGGCACAUGGCUCCCUCACUAUCUCUUGUGGACAUACAGGUGCGGGUCUCUCUUUGUCUACCGCCACUGCCGCCCCUCCCUUGAUGGCAGGUGAAGAUAACGCAGGCUUGGUGAUUCACAGUGGGUCUGGUAUAUGCAAAGGCGCCUCUGCUGGUGACGAUACAUCUCGUGCUGUCUUUUCUUUCAUCGUUGGAAGAGCCUGGUGA